AUGAUGAAGAAGAACCUCACUCGUCUCGUCGCCGGCGCGGUGUGGCUGGCGAGUGGCGCGGCUGCGGCAGAAAAUUGUGCGAGCGUCGCCGUCACCGCGAUUCCUUCCUGCGCGCAAAGCUGUUUCCUCGAGGGCGCGUCUUUUGUCGGCUGCGAUAGCCUCGACUUCUCAUGUCAGUGUCGACAAGAGGCGGCACUCUACGCUGCCAUUGAGCCUUGUGUUGCGACGGGCUGUCCUGCCGCGUCGUUCCAGGCUGUCAUCAACGGAGCUUCAUCCGGAGCAGUCGGUGGUUCAACGGUAUCGGGGUCCUUCGUCUCUGCCAUCUCAGGCUCUUCGAUCGGCUCAUCGCCAGCGACAGCAACAGCUACCGCAUCUGGAGAUGCCGGUGGUGGCGGUUCUGCAUCUGCUUCAGCAACGCAAGGCGGUGGUGGCGGAGACACAUGGAACCCCCUUCCCACUAGCCCCCCGUUCUCGACGUCGUCGCCCGUCAAUGCUGCAGGUCGCCAAUCAGACUCAAGUCUCGCCAUGCUUAUCGCAUUUUUCGGAGUAGCGGUGGCUGCUGCGGCCGUGCAAUGA